ACCACAUCAUCCAUCGGGGAACGGUGGGGCCCAUACUUCAGUCCUCUUCUUUUAGAAUCUAUUGCCCCAAGGGGUUGUCCAUCUCCAUCACCACCCAAUAAAGUUCCGCCACGUCUAACUCCUUCAUACCUGUAAAGAAUUUACACGAGCAAAGCGACCAGACAAAUACUCUCUCCCUCUCUUGAGCAAAAGCAAAAGCAAUAGCCGCAGCUGCCUGUGGCCGGAAUCUCACUCGCUUCGUCGGAACCCUAGGAGAUACAGCUCUUUGAGCUCGAAAAGUUUCUUUUCUCGUGUGGCUACUUUUCGUUUUUCUUUUUAGAUUAGUUUGUGGGAUCUGAAACUGAUUUACUGGGAAAGAGAGACGGGAGGGAGAGAUGUAUGUGGUGCCUCCUCCCAAGAGAUCCGACCCCGGAUCGGUGGGCUCAUCCGGUGAUUUACGGGUUUUCCAAGUUUGGAAAGGCAGCAAUAUAUUUUUCCUUCAGGGGAGGUUUAUAUUUGGACCAGAUGUAAGGUCACUGUUCCUGACUAUUUUUCUAAUUGUUGCUCCUGUUGCUGUGUUCUGCGUCUUUGUCGCCAGAAAACUGAUGGAUGAUUUUUCUCAUCACUUGGGGAUUUCUAUAAUAGUUGUUGCUGCCUUAUUCACAGUUUAUAUUUUGAUUCUUCUUCUGUUAACUUCGGGGAGAGAUCCUGGUAUAAUACCACGGAAUGCACACCCUCCUGAACCAGAAGGCUUUGAUGGGAGCACUGACGUUGGGGCUGGCCAAAGUCCGCAGCUACGUUUGCCUCGCAUAAAGGAGGUUGAGGUCAACGGAAUUACUGUCAAGAUCAAGUACUGUGAUACAUGCAUGCUCUAUAGACCUCCUCGAUGCUCACACUGCUCAAUCUGCAAUAACUGUGUAGAACGUUUUGACCAUCACUGUCCAUGGGUAGGACAAUGUAUUGGCCUGAGAAACUACCGAUUUUUCUUCAUGUUUGUCUUCUCCACGACUCUUCUCUGUAUCUAUGUUUUCGCGUUUUGCUGGGUCUACAUCAGGAGGAUCAUGGAUUCGGAGAAUACUACGAUUUGGAAAGCAAUGAUCAAAACCCCUGCAUCUAUUGUUCUAAUUAUUUACACAUUUAUAUCAAUGUGGUUUGUUGGUGGUCUUACAGCAUUCCAUUUAUAUCUCAUCAGUACAAAUCAGUCAACAUAUGAGAACUUCAGAUAUCGAUAUGACCGGCGUGCCAACCCUUACAACAAAGGAGUUGUUGAUAACUUCAGGGAGAUAUUUUGCUCCAGCGUUCCCCCUUCGAAGAACAAUUUCAGGGCAAAGGUGCCUAGAGAACCUUCUUUACCAACUCGUCCAGUGGUUAGUUUUAUGAGUCCAAAUAUCGGGAAGGGCGGUGAUGACAUUGAAAUGGGCAGGAAAACAGUGUGGGGAGAUGGGGGUGGUGGGAUUGAUCUUUCCGAAGGCCAACUUAACAAUAAUGAUCGCUUGAAUGUCAAGGAUGGUGAAUUAAGUGAACUGUCUCCAGAUAUCAGAACUACAGUGGACGAAGUGGGUGAUCGUGUUGGCAUACAUCCAAGAAGGUCUAGUUGGGGAAGAAAAAGUGGGAGUUGGGAAAUGUCCCCAGAAGUUCUUGCUUUGGCGGCUAGAGUGGGAGAGCCAAACCGUGCUGGUGGGAGUAGUGGCAGCAACCUUCCAACUGAAAACCGAAAUUCAUAGCUUGUAUUGUUUGAAUCAACCAAACGUACUUAAACAGGAUAGGAUUUUGAUCUGGUGGGUUUGGAGUGGAAUCUUUGAGGUUUGAACCACGAUGAAAGAAACCCUUCCCAGGGGGUAUUACCUGCAAAUGGCAAUUGCCACAUUUCUGCUGCAUGAUGGUGUUCAAGUGGUUAGCCAGUGGUGUGUUUUAUGAGUGAGCUUUCUUCUGCCUUCUAGUUCUGUUUCCCGCCUUUUUUUUUUUAUUUUUGAUAUUUGUCAAAUUAGUUAGUGUCUAAUUGUAUUGCGUUUGUUGAACCAGUUGGUGUAUCAUAAAUUUAUCCUUCCAAUUCCUACCACUUUCAGAAAGCAGUGUUUUUUUUUGCCAGACCACAUUCUUACAAAAUGAUGGUGAUUACUCAUCCAAGAUUUUGUUGGA